GGGACCAAAUAUCCCUACAAGGAUAGUAAAACCUGACAUUUUUGACACUGUGGGGACAAUCAGUCGUUCCCAUGAGGAAAACAGCUUAUAAAUCAUACUAAAUGAUGUUUUUUGAAAAUGUAAAAAUGCAGAAUGGUUUCUGUGAGGGUUAGGUUUAGGGGUAGGGUUAGGGUUAGGGGAUUGAAUAUAAAGUUUGUACAGUAUAAAAACCAUUGUCUAUGGAGAGUCCUCAUAAAACAUGAAAACCCAACGUGUGUGUGUGGAAACUGAUUGUCAAGACUCAGUUACCAAAAUUAAUUUAAUACAGUGGUCCCAGACACAUUCAUAAAACUGAAUGUCAUUGCAUUCAAAACAAAAUAUCAAACCCAGUAUCAUUUUCAUUUGAAAAUGAAAUCAUUUCCCCCCUGGAAUCUACGCCCACAACCAUUGAAGAGACUGUACUCUACCCCUCACAGCCUCGUUGUCAUUCCCGUCGAAAAUCAAAGAUGGCGUUUCUGUCAGUAAUGUCUAUGGACAUAUUCCAUAAACAUUUGAUAACCACAAAGUGUCCAAAUGAUUUUCGUCUUCAUUUUUGACCAGCAUAUUUAUUCUUGUGGGCUAUAAAUAAAACUCAAACCUCCUUUUGUGGGUGUUUGAUUGAAAAGAGUGCUCGUGCUAUCCUUUAGAAUAAAUGCCUAUUGAUUCAGUAUUUUGUUAUCUAAUGAAGUGAUUUUCAUACACUUUUACGUGUGCCUUGCGUAUCUAAAUACUUUUAAAGCCACUGUGUAUUUUCACUCGUGUUGCCAGCAGUGGUCAUCUUAAGUUUGAGCACUAAAUGGCGCUGUUUUCUUUUAUGUCUACGAUUUUGUACAGCUUUGUCUCGUCUUUUUUUUUAAAAAACCGUUAAAAACAGGAAGCAGUCUUGUUUAAGAAGACGCGCUUUACUAUAUGAGAGGGAUAUAUUGCGCCAUAUUUGGCUAAAGGACGGAUUCGUUGAGUAUUUUCAUUUUUAAAUGUUCAAGCUCUUAACAAUUCACAGCAGUCCUAACCUUUAAAACACUCUAGAUCUGGUGGGCAUGUAAUGUAGUUGCGAUUGGACGUACUACAAACGUUUUAUAUGAGUGUUUUCUGUAGAUGAGUAUUUGAAUGUUCUCCUUUCAGUAUGAGUUUAGAGGUUGCUUGUUUGUCAUUUCGUCAGCCAUACGCCGCUCUUGUGUUGAAUGGUGUUAAAACGAUAGAGAGCCGCUGGCGGCCCCUGCUGUCAGAGCUGCAGAACUGCACUCUAGCUGUACACGUCGCUCAGAAGAACUGGGAAGGGGAGGACUGGAGAGUCAUCCUCACAGAACGAUUGGGAAUGACGCCUAUGCAAAUCGAGGAACUUCUCGUAUCUGGAGAACGGUUUGGACGUGGUGUUAUAGCAGGUCUUGUAGAUGUUGGCAAAACGUGGUGCUGUUCUGAGGAUGUUCCUGAAGAAGAGAUGAGAGAGCUGGAGACAGCAGCCUGCUUGACUGAUCUUAAUCAGAAAUAUCUUACCAGACUCUCAAACCCUCGCUGGCUCAAUGAACCUUUGUAUUCUAGGGGCCAUAAAGACGUGUGGACGAUACACAUCCCAGUUCAUCUGCUGCCCUCUGCUCCACCUCAUCUGUGAACAGUGAAGCACAGUAUCUGUUUGUUAGUUCACAUUGUGUGUGCCUGUAUUGUAAAGUUUAGGUUAGAUUGAGAAAGAUGUACAUUCUGUGUGACAUAUACUGGUUUUAUCUUAAACUUUGAAUAAAAAAAUUAAUUUGUACAUUUGA